AUGACUACUGCUGAGCUUGUGAAUACUAAGCAGGAGAAGGAUGAAACCCUAAAGGCUUUCAUGCAACGGUACAACGAGACGGCCCGGCGUGUGAAAGAUAUCGACCACACCUUCAUCAUCAGCAAUCUACCCUCGCGCUUAAGGCCGGGGUAUUUUGCGGAACAAUUAUAUGCUGACCCGCCAGUAUCUAUGGAAGAACUGCAAUCCACAAUUGCAAAGUUCAUCCGCAUCGAAGAUCUCCGGAAUUCUAGAAAGAAGCAGCAGCAGGAUAACCCCAAUCACGAUGCAAAGAAACCCGCAAAGCGAUCGACCAACGACUAUAAAUCAGACCGAACACCCCGUAAAGAGUCAGGGUGGACGUCUAAGUACGAUCGUUACACGACCCUCAACGCAACGAGAGCAAAGGUGCUCGAAGAGGCUUUGCACGUCGAACUCUUAACCGUGCGGCGAAAGGCUACUCUAAAGAACGCUGACAGUAGCAAAGUUUGUCGGUUUCACAUGAACCAUGGGCAUGACACAGAAGAAUGCAACAUGGUGAAGGACGAACUGGAGCGACUCAUCCGAGCAGGCUACCUCCAGAACUACGUCAAGGAUAGAAUCUUCACUAGAGCUGCAACUCCUCAUCGUAAGGACUCCUCCAGACUGAGUCCCGACCGAUCACCUCCUAGAGAUGACCGACGCCGCAGGCGAUUGCGCAGCCAACCCCGGCGGACAGAGAGAGAACGUUCAGUUCGAGGCCGAAUCGACACCAUAUCGGGUGGUUUCGCCGGGGGGAAGUGUCAUCUUUCGCCAGGAAGCGACAUCUGA